AUGGUACUUACCAUCUUACCUCACCAUAAUCAUCCAAAUGGCCAACAUUGGGCCUUUGUUUGUUACUAUAAUGCACAAGUGGAAGCCUGGGAGGCUGAAGGAAGUUUGGGUCAUAUAUGCCAUAAUCAUUUUGGGAAUUGUGGCAUUAUUCCUUAUGGCUUUUUUCUGGAAAGAAACCACCUGGAUAGGAGGCCAGUUACACAGUACGGCAUUCCUCAUCUUGACAUUUUUCCUAUCCUUAGUGGAUUGCACUUCAUCGGUAACCUUUCUGCCAUUCAUGAUGCAACUGCAACCCAAGUAUAUAACGACGUACUUUAUCGAGAAACUGAUCACUACAUACAGACUGAGUAUCUCCUGACAAACUUCUCUGUUCAGGUCUUCCUUUUUCUUUUGCUCAUUAUGAUGAUUUUCUGUUUGAUGGCUUUUUUUUUCCUAAGUAGGCAUUCUCAGAAGGAAAAUCUCAAUAAUGCCUUGCUUCAAAGCACAAACACCCUGAAUUCCUGCUCAACAAGGGAUAAAACAUAUGACACAGGGCCUUCAGAGGUGAGCGGGACAGACAUUAGCAAUGUGAAUUCUCCAGAGUCCGAAGCAAACAAAGUGGUGUACUCAUAUGGGCAUUAUGCACUCAUAUACUUGCUCACUGGAUGGGUGAAUGCCCUCACCAAUGGAGUCCUUCCUUCCAUACAGACGUACUCAUGCAUGCCAUAUGGUAAUCUGGCAUACCACCUGGCAGCAGCCCUGGGCUCUAUGGCAAAUCCUCUAGCUUGCCUGAUUGCCAUGUUCUUACCAAGCAGGUCUUUUGUCAGCCUGGUGUUCUGGUCAGUGCUUGGGACGGGAUUUGGGGCUUACAACAUGAUGACGGCAGUAAUGAGUCCGUGCCCCAUCCUACAUGGUACUAAAUGGGGUGUUGCCCUUAUUGUCAUCUCUUGGGUUCUCUUUAUCGGUACGCUGAGUUACGUCAAAGUAAUGAUUGGGGUGAUUCUACGCAGCCAGAGUCACAGCGCCCUCGUAUGGUGCGGAGCAGUAGUUCAGCUGGGAUCCAUGAUUGGGGCGCUUGUCAUGUUCCCAAUGGUCAAUGUGUAUGGGUUUUUCGAAUCAGCUGAUCUUUGCAAUACGAACUGUUCUAGCUAA